AUGGCUCCGGAGAAGACUAUCGACGUUGGCAGGUUCGGCAUCGCGAGCAAGGCCGACAAGGAUUUCGUUCUCACUGUAUCCACUUCGGUGACCCUGUCACUUCCAGACCAUUUUCCAGACCAUCUAACUGCAAAUGCACUGCGAGAUCAAGUGCAAGCGGGUGCCUUGUGGCUCACACGGGCUCGCUCCUGCCGUCUCACUUUGGCCGUCCAUUUUGAGCCGCCAACCGAGGUAUCAGUCGAACAAGGCGCACAGUGGAGGCAACUGAUCAUCGAGAAAUUUCAGUCACUUCAGGUCUGGUGCGAUCUGGGUCUCGAGCUUCGCUUAGAACAGAGCGACCUUCAAAGCGACUCGACUCCUUCUGCAACCUCAGUAUACUAUAUGCAGCAUGUCCAACAGCGUUCGGGUCUUUUCGUCCCACAAGGCAUCCCCUGCGGUCACCUCUCCGAGCUUUUCUGCAGCUUUCGGUAUGCGGCCGCGACGUCUACAGCGCCAGCAAAGACCGGGCACUCAGUACCUCGAUCAAGAACCAAGACGCCCUACAACCUCCGAGAGGUGGUGAGGGCCCAGACUGAGCCACGCCAUGUAAAAGUUGCAGCAUUCUGGGCACUCCCUCUGACUGAACAGGCGGAAAGGUUGGUGGAGCUUGCACAAAAUGCGUUGAAUCUUAUGCUGGGUUUGAGGACGAGGUAUCUUGGGUUUCUGCAUAUGGGAGGAACGAAACCACCAGCGCUUCUUGAACUUGCGCCUGCCGUUUGGAACGCACAAUACUUCCAGAGAGUCGUGAGUCGGGCGCGACUUAUUCCAUCUAUAUCCUCCGCGUUGGGAAACCUGACGAGCACUCGGUCGCCAGAGCUUCUGCACAAGAUCGAAUCACUAGUUCCAGAAGCGGCUGCAGACACGGGGCUCGAUGAAGCGUUAGACGAGCUCCAGAGAAGGUGUCAGGUUCUACUCUUACGGUCGGGUCGGGAUCAAAAGAUCAAAGCUUCUUCUGUACAGAAGGUUUCCACGGGCAACGACUUCACUGACUACACCAACCUGGACCAUGUAGAAGAGACUCUGCUUUUGCAGGAGGACAGUCAGCCGCAUGAGGUAACAUCAGGUUUUGCUGGCCAUGAUGUGACGCACCUGGAACUGGAAAGCAGUCAUGGCUCUAUGAAUCCCAGCGAAGGUAACGCUGAGGGCACCACCAUGGACCUCGGGCCAGAAGAUUCUUGUGCAGAUACCGACAUGGGAGUUACGGAAUGGAUCGAUGGUGGGAUCGAUGGUGAAAUGCUUUCUUGCUCGGAAAGUCUGCUGGGGCACAACGGCUUCUACGAGGACGAUUGCGAGUGUGCCGAGACUCUUGAUCCGAUACACGGUGAUCGAGAAUACCAAAAGCAGCACGUUGGCAGUGAAGCCGUCCUCCAGGAACAUGGCUGGGAAAAUUCGGUCUUAUAUUAUGAGAGUGACAGUCAUGACCAUUAUUACUACGAAUCUUCCGACAUCGAGGAAGGAAUGCAACCCACUACACAUUCAUUCGAAGAUUGCUCUGCCGAGUCAAACGAGGCGGCUGUGGCUCUGGAAGAUUUCAGAGACGACCUCUCGGGCUUUGUUUCAAAUGAAGACGACGACUUCGACACAGAAAUACAGGACCAUCUUUGCGAAGAGGGUAUACCUUCUGACGAGUGGCAAUACGAGCCCUGCGAGUCCAACGAUGACCACGAAGAGCCCAUGCUUCAUGGGAUUGAUACAGACGACGGACCGGGGCCCAACUACUGUGCAAUGGCAUGGGGCCCUGCUCACCACAGCCGGCCCGAAGCAACUGGAGACCGUACGGGGAUCAGCUUGCGGGGAGCGCCCGAUGACUGGAGUCAGGUGCCUCGGAAGCAUGCUCGCCACAGCAUUGGUGAGCCAGGUGAACAUAUUGGACCGCCCCCGACCGCGUUUACCACGAGGUUGGCAGGUUAUCAAUAACUGGGCUGUGGCGCACUGAACAUGGGACCAAGUGGCGCAGUAGGAGGGAAAGAAUUACCUAGCCCGGUCCACGGGCGCGAUUCUUGGCACAGCGCGGUGCGUUGUACUACCUACCCAGCAACCCAGGUAGCUAGGUUAGUAAAGAUGCAGCAAGACGAAAGGGGGUCCGAGGUUGAAAGCGAACCGCCUGGGCCGCCGACCAAGUCAGUCGCCGAGUUGUUGGCAGGGGUAUGUUUUGGUGGAAUUUCUGGAUGAAGCUCAGAUUUCAGCUCAUCGGAUCUGCUGGCGUGGACUUUGUUGCCCCUGAGCGGGCAGAGAGUGG